AUGAGUGAUUCUAACGAUCAACUUCUUCGUACCCUAGUGACGAUAUUAAGCAAUCGCCAGCCCUCUUCUGGGACUCACUCGUCUUCUACGGGUUCGAGUGCUUCCAACAUCGUUCGUUCUCUAAGGGAUGAUAACCGCCUUGCCGACGAUGUUGGUCGCGUGCUUGGUUCGUCGCUCCCCGCAUCGAGUAGAACUGGCCCUGUCAUGCCCUCCCUGCAUCAGUCUUUUUCUUCUGGACGCUACGUUCCAUAUGGCAGACGUAAAAAGAGGGAGCCAAAAUCGUAUGACAUGAAAUUAGUCCUCGUUGACUUUAUUCGUGAAGUCAACGAUACUGGAAAAACCGAAAGCUAUGACGGUAGUGUUCUCUUAGACGCCCCGUUUCGGGUGAGAGAAAAUGAAUCGGACUCUUCCAUUCGAACAAGGAUUCUCGCCAUUGUUAAAUCUAGAUUUCCUUUGUUUAACGAAACUGUUCUGUACGCCUCCAGACAGGGCAGAGUAGUUUUAAAUUUAAGUCCUUGCCAAACAUUAGACGGUAAAGCAGUGUACACCCUUAAAUCGAAGUCGACCAACAAUUUGUACGUUAUGUUGUCCGCUCCAGCACCUGACAGGCCUCCGCCAGAUGGUGACGAGGAGGAGGAACGUGAGCACGAAAGUGAGGUGAUGUUUUUUUAUUUUUUUUUGCAAUAUCUGUAGUCCAAACUGCUAUUUUUUCGUCAUUAAUGAUCUGAUAUUACUACCAUAAGUUAAAGUUUUGAACAGUCACAAUUGUAUUUACAAGAAACCAAAGAAACAAACGUAGUGUCAGUAAGCACAUUUUCUCUGACUAGUCCCAUAAUAAAUCGCUUUAUUGUUUCAGUUGGUAGAUUACGCCACCAGAGAUGGCGGCCUACUGUCCUUUUCGGCUUCUACGCCACGCUCAUCCAAAUCUUCGGAAACACGCGGCAGACAGGUGAUUUACUUAUUGUUAUUCUUAUUUUUUUCAUCUAAACUUUGUCUAAGUUCUCUAGUUAAUCACACUACUUACUGACUUGUGUUCUCUUAACCGUCUUCUAUAUUUUGCUAUUUUGUGUUUUUGUUGUUUUGUGUUUUGUAUUUUUCACUUGCGAUUUGAAUGUCGUGUUUGAAUAUGAAGGUCAGAUUGUAAAGUAGCAAAUCUGUUUGCAUGUGCAUCGCAAUUUUGUACUUUCUUGUUGUCACUGCACGGACACUGCAUGAAAAUGUCUAGGUAUCGUGUAUGCGCCGUUUUUGUCUGGGUUUCAGUUUUUUUGAGGAUUGGCGAUUUUUUUGUGUUUUGCGAGAACUACUUUUUUGCGAUUAUGACAGAUUUUUUCUUAUUUUUGGAAGUCAAUUUUUGCAUGUUUUCAGAAGGCCCUUUACAAUUCUUGGAAUGUUUCCUUUCUAAUUUAGUACGUGCAAAGUGAAGUACUACGCAAUAGUACUGUGUGCGUACCCUGUGUAAAUCUAGUAAAACAGCUAAUACACGAUUUCUCAGUACAGUGGAAGUCCACGGUACAAGCUCAGUAAUCAAUCACAGUAACUUUAUUUUUUGGUUAGAAUUUUUAAUUUUCUUACUUUUGGUUUUACUUUUUUCUUAACUCCCAGUUUCGAAGAACAUAUCUGCGCUCUGUUGCGUCAACAAGUGGUUCGGCACAAAAUCAAGUAGAAGACAUUGAAGGAGAAGUUUCCGAUGAUGACGAUAGCUGUAUCGCUAAGGUGCAGUUUCAUAAUUAUGUUAUCUUUAGCGAUUACAUAAGUUAACACAAAUCAGUUACCUAUAAGUAUUUGAUAAUGUUUAACGCUUUACACCAUUAGUUAUUUCUAUAACGUUUUCCACAUAUAAGUUUAUUGGUUGUCUCUGACUUGUUAUAAACAGGACAAUCGACCAAUCGAGAUACCAACGCAUAUUCCUAUGGCGGAUUUUACAAAUCCAGAGGACGAAGGUGUUCACUCAGUGGAUUGUGAACGUGGAACGCUCGUGUUACAUGGCAUGAUCGUGCACUCAGAAGUAAGAAACCAUCAAUACGCGAUGAUUGCAAUGCGGCCAUCUACUUGGUAAGCAGAGCAAACAUUGACGUCUGCUUUAUAUACUUUGGUUUAGAACACCAUAGCCUGGCCCGGUUAUUUUUAAUUUCAGCAUACAUUGUAUGAGGUUUAUAGGAUCUGGAGGCGGCACACCUCUAAGUCAUUUAAAUAACAUGUUAAAGAAAGUUCCUGUUGAAAUAUGAUCACCGUCAGAGAGAAUGAACUCUAGUGAGAUUACGUAAAUUUUUGUCAGUAACUUCCUGAUUUUAUCUUUCGUAGUUAAGCCUUGGGUAUGAUGGUUAACGUUUCCCUUUCAUGAGUACAGUUGUGCAAAACUAGUCUACUGAUAUUCAUAGGCAGACCGCAUUGAAAAACCUAAAGCAUUUUUAAUUUGUUGAUGCUACAUGGUAACACCUUAAAGUUGGGCUCGUUUGAUUUUAUAGGAUUGUGCACGACGGCCUUAAUAUGUAUGAAGUAGAAUUGACAGUGGGGUUGCUCAAGGACCUCGGCAGAAAAGAUCGCUACGACUCGUCAGGUUCGCCCUCUUUACAUACUUUUAAUUCAUUAACUGAAAAAGGCGUUUAUUCCAUAAACAAUACAGCCAUACUAUGAACCUGCCCCUUGUUACUUUAUUACUGAUUCCAGUUCUUACCUGUUGUCUGCAGUUACAUUCAUCUAUAUACAAAGUACCAGUGACCUCGCAAUUAAAAAGCCGCCCCUUCCAGAUAAAAGAGAGCAGAAGGAUAUACUGAAGAGGUAGGUUGGCUACAAAUAAGCCCUCAUAGACAGAAUCCAAAUGGUCGUUUUUCUCACCUUCAGGUUUUUCUUAUAGAUUGGUCUCCAGUGGAAAGGAUGGCCAGAGCGAUGACGACUGUAUUGAAAUAGACGACGACAAGGAAGGUAAGUCGAUUAUACUAUGUUUAACUUUAACUGAGAUAUAUGUAUGGUUUUUGAGAAAAAAAAGCAUGAAAAAAAGGAAGACAAAUAAAUGCUAAAUAAAGAAAUAAUGCGUGCAUUGCGUACCAAUUUAAUCGCAAAGAUUCUGAUGAUGUCUAUCCGGUGUAGUCUGUAGGCAAGCAUGGCUCAUGUCUGUAUGCAAGCACCCUCGCAGAACUAAAAAUGAGUGGGGACUAAUACGCGACUAACAUCAUUAUCAUUACCACAGUCAGUGGCAGUUUACUAAGUAAAAAAUUUCUCUUGUUGCAUCAGUUGACUAUCAACGAAUUUUUCAUAAAAUGGAAGCGUCUACAAGAGCGUUUGUUGGCUUGGAGCCACUCAAACAACAAUUUUUAAGAUUUGCCAAGACGGCAAUCUUAAAUCAAAAAAGGAAACAGCUUGGUUUCCACGUCGAAGAUAUGAGUUCCUGUUUACAUUUUAUAUUUCAAGGGAAUCCAGGAACUGGAAAGACCACCUUUGCACGCAAAGUUGCAGGUAUUUGUAGCAAUAUUUAAGGUGCACAAAAUUCAUGCAGGCUACUAAUUUUCGGUAUUUGAUUUCAUGAAAAAUACUCAACUUCUCAUCUGACGGCCUUCCGACUAAUUUGAAACGACGUAGGUAGUAUGAGUGUUUUUAUCAGCAAAACAACAGACCAUGCAGAAAGUAUUGAUACUCUCAGCAAUGAAAUGUAAAGAAAUACAAUCACUCUCUGAUGCUUUUGUGGGCUCGCCUACUGCUGUUUUUUCAAGUAGGGUUUUUUGGGAAAAAAGUCCCCGACCACGGUGUUUCACGAGUUGCAAAUUAUUUGUUAUUAAUUGAAUAAAAUUUUCCCACUGUCUUUAAUAUCACAGAACUGCUGUACAGUAUAAGGAAAAUUAAAAAGAGGAAAGUGGUAGAGGUCCAACGGGGGGACCUCGUUGGUCAGUUUCUGGGGUCAACUGAGGAAAAGACGGCCAACAAAAUAGAGGAGGCAAAAGGAGGCGUUCUAUUCGUAGACGAGGCGUACCGGUUAACUCCCAGAAGCUCGGGAACGGACUACGGGCGUAUCGCCAUCAACCAGCUGAUGGCGGCAAUGGAGAAAGGUGAUCUAGUGAUGAUUUUUGCUGGGUACCCUGCAGAAAUGAAGGACUUUCUAAAUUCAAACCCUGGACUUAAGUCCAGGAUAAAAUAUAAAUUUAAUUUCCCCAACUACUCCGUCAGCGAACUGGCCACUAUUCUUGAGAACGGAAUCACAGAAAGUGGAUUCCGUUUCGGUGGCGAGACGAGCUUGGUCGAAAUCCUUGAAAAAGAAACAACGGUACAGAUUCGCAGCGAGCAGAACGGAAGGCUGGCCAAGAAUAUUGUAGCAGAGGCGGUUAUAAAUUUAAGUAAUCGCCUCUCCUUUACAGAUGACGGUGUGAAAUUGGUUACCCUUGAAGAUGAUGACGUUAUUAAGGCAUGCAGGGCCUUUUGUGAUGUUCCUAACAAAGACAACAAAGACGCUCAAUCUGGAGAACCAGAGAAUACUGCGGCAGAAAAUAAAGAAUAA